AUGCCUAAUUUUGUUAAUAUCCGUCUGUGGAAACCUGGUCUUAAAAAAUCAGAACAAUAUAAAUCUCUUCAACGUAAUUGUCUUAUGCGUGAAUUUGAGUGUAGACAAAAACAAGCGAGACAUUUAGAAAAACAAGUCUCAUCUAUUUUAAUAGAAUUAGAAAAACAUCUUUCUUCAAUCGAUUAUAUUAAUAUAAAGAAGUUCUUUUAUAAUUCAGCAUGUCGAGUACAUUCUAUAGUUAUGAGUAAUCACCAAAAAAAACUCGAAAAAUUAAAUCGAGGUCCUACUGGACAAAAUUACGAAGAAAUGAAAUUAAAAUUAAUUUAUAAUAUAUCAUCAUAUACUCUUUCAAAGGUAGAAGAAAGAUUAUUAUGUCGCGGUUGGGAUUUUUGUGUAGAGAAUAAGAUAACGAAUUUCUUAGAUUUUGAAACAAAUUUAGAAUUAAAUGCAAUGAAACUACGACCUCAUUGUCAUGAAUCAAUUUUUCGAUCUAUUUGUCGUCAGAUACAUAAUGCUUCACAACAGUUAAUACGUACAUCUAAACAUAAGAAAAUAAGUAAUUUAUCAGAGGAAGAAUUAGCAGCGUUAAAAUCACUAAAAUCAAAUAAUAACAUAAUUAUAUGUAAUGCCGAUAAGGGAAAUUCUAUUGUAAUACUUGAUAAAGAAAUAUAUAAGAAAAAAGCUGAGGAAAUACUUAAAGGUAAACAAUUUGAACCAUGGAAUAAUGAUAAAUUUCAUCGAGGACAAGAAGAAAAAUUGAAUAAAUAUAUUUUUUCAUUAUUUAAAAAAGGAGUCAUAGAUAAUAAACUUCGUUAUCAACUACAAUCAACAUGUUCUUCACUUUCAGUCUUUUAUGGUCUGCCAAAAGCAACUAAAAUUGGUUAUCCUAUACGUCCUAUAAUAUCAACUAUAGGUAGUUAUCAAUAUGAAUUAUCAAAAUAUCUAGCAAAAGCAAUUAGAAAUGCGCGUCCACAAGCAAAAUCAUAUAUAAAAGAUUCUUCGAAUUUGUAA